UUCCCUCCCAAAGGAGCUCAAUCGAUUCGCUGAAAUGUCGAGAAGAAAAUCGGUGGCUGCGACGCCGGAAUCCGCCACAGCUGUCCUCCGUCGAUCUGCGAGACUUAUUUCUCGGAAGAAUCAUGAUGAUUACCAGAAACUCGGGGAUGACUUGGUCGCGGGUUCGUACCCUGCUCCGACACCGACGGAGGACGAAGAAGCUUUGAGGAAAAGCCGUCAAGGUGUCGCUCGUCAAGCACCGAAGAGGUUAGUAUACGCAUUGGGUGGUGUAUUUUCCUGUGCGAAUUCGAAGAUGUCACCGGAAUCGAGUGUUUCAAUGGAGGGGCUUUGUUCUUUAAGGCGAUCUCCUAGGUUUUCAUGUAGGGGAUGUUCCAAUUCCGAAAGAGAGAAAUCUACUCGAUGUAAUUCCAGCAAGACUUCGCCUGCUUCAUCGUCUUGUAGGAUAUCGACGAUUGCGUCGAGAGCGUCUUGUGGAUUGAACAGUUCCAACGAUGGUUCCUGUAAACUGAGACGGUCUCCCAGGUAUUUGAGUGGAGGAGGUUCUGUGGCUCAAUCUUCCUUGGACAGGAAUGAUUUGGGUAAAAGGGUUUUGGGUAGAUGUAAUACUAAACCUGAAGAAGGGAGCAGUUCGAGUGAUAGUUCUUGUAAGCUGAGACGGUCACACAGGUUUUCGAGCGGGGGAGAUUCUGUGGGUCAAUUUUCUUCGGACAUGAAGAAGUUGGGAAAAAGUGUGUUUGCUAGAUGUAAUACAAAAUCUGAAAAAAGGAACGGUAAAGGUGACUUAGAUUCAAGUGAUGGAAUUUGCAUAAGGAGAAGUUGUAUACUUUCAGAGUCUAAGCAAGCAUUUGUAGCUUGUGAUGAAGGCAGAGUGAGUGUUUGCCGAAGCGAGCGGAAAAGGAGGAAAGGCGAUAGGUUACUCGCCCAGGCAAAUGAAUCGUACAGACAGGAAGAAAAUGUUUUGAGUAGCUCGAUCUUUGAGUCCACUGUAGAGAUUGCAGGUGAAGGUGAGAAGAAACGGGAAAUAGUUUUAGGCUUAAGAUCUAAUAGAGGAACUGCAAGGUCUUCUAUGCGGUCUGUGGUAAAAGCUGUCAGGGAGAAGAUGAUAAGAGGUGACAUAAUUGAUAGUAGAGGAGAAGAGGAUCAGUUGAAGUUGAAGAACAAACUUGAUGGAGAAGGUAGUUGUGGGGUCAUUCAUGGGUGGACAAAGGAGCAAGAGUUGGCUUUGCAGAAAGCUUAUUUUACAGCCAAGCCCAGCCCUAAUUUCUGGAAGAAGGUUUCCAAACUGUGCUUAUGUAAUGGUUCAGAAGUUGAAGUCGAUAACAACUUAUGCAGAACAAAUUACCUAUGGGUUUCUGAUACUGAGGUACCUGGAAAAUCUUCGCAGGAUUGUUUUGAUAAAGUGCAUUCAGACCUUAUAACCCCCCGCCAACCUCAACCACGAUCAAGGGCCAAGAAAACAAGCUUAUCACCAAUUCCACAAUUUUCGCUUUCUGCAAGCAAAUUGCUGAAACCUACAAGACCUAAGGCCAAAAUACUGGGUGUGAGGAAACAAAGCAGGAACCGUUUUGCUAAGAGAACUAUUAGACAUCUACUGGAGAAGCAAUGUCAUGUGGAUCAAGGUCAUGGGUUGGACCUGUUUUCAGUUCUCGAGCCCAGCACCAAAAGCUACGCACUUUCAACUCCUAUGCGAACAGGGGCAAGUGUUCAGAAAAUCCUAGAAAGAUCAUCUUCUGCACAUAAGAAACCAUGUUCGAGAUUCACAAGUGCAAAUACAACAACUCUCACAAGUCCUCCAGUUCUAAAGCAGAUAAAGAAUAAGGCAUUGCACGAGAAAUACAUUGAUCAGUUGCAUCUUAGGGAAGCUAAGAGAAAGACUGAGUCUGCUAGGGUGUCUGGUCAAGAAAAUAUCAAGCCUAUUGCUGCUCAGAAGAAGGAUUCAGUAAGGGCAGUCAAAGAUAACCUUAUCUUUGGUGUGAAAGAUGCAUUUGAAAAGCUUAAAGGUCUAGAAGCUGAGAUCUCAUCCAGUUCUUCAGAGCUCUGUUAUGAUCAUGGUGAAAGCGAAGAAGAAGAUGAAGCAUUCUAUCUCUAACCAACUCUCUCUGCUCUGCAUUCUGAUUUCAGGGAAAGUUGAAAAGCACGAGUACGUGGAUUAUGGACAGCGCACAAAAGUGCAGAAGAGUGCAUUGA